GUAGAGGCAGUGUGGGAGAGGAAGUAGCAAGCAGCAGGAAUCCUACACGGCUACAGAACAGGAGGCAGUGCUGGUCUGAACUGGGGAGUGUGGACGGGGGAGACAGGAACAGCUAGGAAGGCACAGAUUUGUUAUGAGCGUGCCUUACUCUUAAAAAGCCGCUACAAUGAUCAUCAAGAAAGACAAGAAGAAGAUGACUGAGCGGAUAGUAAAUCAUGCGCUGGAGAUAAUCUUCCUGCUUACUGGAGAGGAAUACAUAAUAAUGAAGAAGAAUGCUCCCCAAAGCAUACAUCUUCUGACUGGAGAGGUGCAUAUAAAGAGUGGGGAUGCUGCUGUGUAUUUUUCCACGGAAGAGUGGGAAUAUAUAGAGAGACACAAGGAGUCUUACAAGGAUGUUAUGAUGGAGACCCUCGGUACAUUGGGAAUCCCAACCAGCAAGACCUCCGGUAAAAUUGUCAAGGAGGUUGCAUCAGAUAAGGAACAAAAAGAAGAAUCAUAUGCAAUAAGGAGACAGGACACAGAAGUACAGGAAGUCAAUGGAAAUGCUGGCCCUGGCAGGAGUAAGCCAGGUUUUGAACCAGACAUUGAUCAGAACGAGGCACGUGCAGUAAUAUGUGUGGAAGAUAAAGAGCAGGAAAUCUGUAUAAAUGAUGACUCGGGUGAAAUAAAUGAAAUUGUGUCAGAUAUUGAAAAUAAAGGGGAGCCAUAUGCAGAGAGAAGCCUGGAAGACACUGUGCAGAUAAUCUGUGUGAAUGCUGACUCGGGUGAAUCCUCAAGUGUGGAUAUUUUAGAAGAAUCCCAGCCUGCCACAUGCAUAUCAGAUGAGGUGGGGGAUGAUGAUACGGGCAAAAUCAACCCAGAAGUUGCAAGAGACGUGGAAGAAAAAGUGAAGCAAUGUGCAGUAAGGUGCCUGGAUGAUGAAGAUGAGGAAGUUUGUGUGAGCUCCGGCUCAGGUGGGUCUUGGAGCAGAAGAAUGUCAGGAGAAUACCAAACAGCCGUAUGCAUAUCACACGAGCUAGCAAAAUAUGAAUCUGGUGUGUUUCACGGGCUUAAAGCAGAAAAUGCUAAGGGGAACCUGGCUUUGUGGAAAAGAGGAGACACCAUAUUUGCUCCGCAGCCUUAUCAAUGUAAAGAGAAUGCAUUGGCUGUGAAUGAGAAGUUUGACUAUAGCAGCGAAGAGGAGGCUAUAAAACAUAAUAAUAGAGAGAAGACAAUCUGUGCUAAAGGGCCCUCUGGCAAAUCAGCUUGUGAAUACUACACUCUUGCUGAAGACACACCUUUUAAUUGUGAUGACGUUAGUAAUUCCUAUAUGAGCACUCAGCAGAUAGGACACAAUGAUGAUACAUUAUAUGAAUGUACUGAAGGUGAAAAACAUUUUUUUUAUGAUUCUAUUUUUAAUAGACAUCAACUAAUUCACACAAAAGAGGAGCCUUGUGCUUCCACUGAUUUUGACAAAUGUUUUACUGAUAGCCCACAUGAGGUUACGCAUUAUAUGGAUAGUUCAGGAGAGAAACCCUUUAGUUGUAACGAUUGCGGACAAUGCUUUACAAGAAGGUCAAGUCUUCUUAGACACAGUAAAUUCCAUAGCGGAGACAAACCAUAUACAUGCCUUGUAUGUGGGAAAUGCUUCUCAAACAAGUCCCAUCUUGUGGCACACAGGAGAAUUCACGAGGGAGAGAAGCCAUAUGCUUGCCCUGAAUGUGGGAAAUGCUUUGCUAACAGGUCCUAUCUGUCUGUACAUAAGAGAACUCAUACAGGAGAGAAGCCCUAUUCGUGUCCUGAGUGCGGCAAACGCUUCACUGCCAUGCAAAGUGUUGUUAGGCACCGGAGAUCUCACACCGGAGAGAAGCCAUAUGCGUGCGGUGAGUGUGGGAAACGUUUCACUAGGAGGUCAUGUCUUAAUAGGCAUAACCGAUCCCACAUGCGGGUGAAACCUUUUCCCUGUACAGAAUGCGGCCAGUGCUUCACAAACAAGGCACUUCUGGAUGCGCACAAAAUCACCCACACGGGGGUGAAGCUCUACUCUUGCACGGAGUGUGGCAAAUGCUUCACCCAAAUGGCAGCCCUCAUUGUACAUCACCGGUCUCAUAUAGAAGAGAAUCCCUGAAGAUCUCUUACCCUAAGCACAACAGGACUCAUGCAGGAAAGGGUCUUAUCAGGUGAGAAUUACUUGAAAAAGCACUUCAUUUCUGUUACAUACCAGCAAACUCAUGCCGGGAAGAAUCCACGUUUCCUUUUAUUAAAGGGAACUGCUUGGCAAACGUUGUGCAAGAGAGAACUCACAGGUGAGAACAGAAACAGCAAAUAUAUAGAAUAUUACUUUACAUUGGGGAGGGCAGAACUAUAGAGUGCUUGGAAUUUCCAUGAAAAAUAAUCUUAUUUAAAAAUCUAGUUGUUCUUCUGUAAAAGAGCAUGUUGCAGCAUUCAGAGGGAUAGAUGUACAAUUUCUGACAUUCAUUUCUACAACAUGGUGCUUGAGGAAAUUCUUCAUUUUGUUUUACCCUUUUCCCCUCUACCCGAGAAGUCCACUGACUGUAAUUGUGUAAUAAACUAAAAAGAUGUAAUGUAACAAAAGGUGCAAAGUUUGCUCUUAGUCUUGUAACCCAUAGCAACCUAUAAGUAAAGUGGCAUUAUCUGGUCUGUUGUUUGACAUGAAAUGCCUGCUUGGUUAUUAUGGGUCACUAGAGCUGAAUAAACUUUGCAUCUGUUAUUACCUUAACCCCCUCCCCGGGUUGCUUUUCUGCAGAGCUAGGAGAAACACAUGUAUAAUAUAGAAGUGCCAAAAUGAUGGACCUGGAGCUAUUAAAUAUGUAUUAUUCCUAACUAAACACUAAUGUCUGUAGCACUUAAAUAUCAAGGUUAACUUAUUAUCUUCUAAAGGGCUCAUGCAUUCCAUUAGAUUUUAGUGAAAUUCACUAGUGAAAAAUGGAGGCAAAAAAAUCUAAAAAUCAGAAUCCAUGGGAAGUAGAGAUUAAUUUAGUAUCUGGAUCAACAUUUUAUUAUGUGAGGUCACCUCAUAUGGCUAUACAAUGCAUUAAAAGCUGCAAGUCACCAAAAUGUAAUAUUAAUAUUGCAAUUGUUGCAAUGGAGAUGAAUAAUGAUUAUGCACAAUUUUAUUGAAGGUGACUGUGUGACUUUUAAUUUCAAAACUCCAGUUGUAUAGUGUGCAUGGAGCCAUUAGAUAUUAGAGAUAAUAAUGGUUUCUCCCAAGUAUGGGCAGCUAAUGAUGGCCUACAGACUGCUAGAGCAUAAGGCAGAUUUAAAGAAAUCACUUUGGGCAAAUAAUUAAUGGGGGUAAGCAGGCUUUUCUGGAGAACAUUAAAUACCAACAUCCCUGCUUGCUCAAUAAGGAAAGAGGAUGCACGGUGUUGCGCUUGGUUCUACCCUUAAGUCUACUCAGUCUGUAGCAAACAUGAACCUAUUUAGUAGAAGUGUUAGCUCCUUCUUUUUAAGAUUUAUUCAAAAAAAGUGUUAUUGUGUUUUUUAAUAAAACAAAUGGAACUAUUGAA